AUGAGCGGAGUGUCCACUUCAGUGAUUUCACAAAGCCUUGCUUCUCCUGUUGAUGAUAGAGAUACUACCAGUAUGGACCACUCAGCUCUGUUUGCCGCACUUGAUGACCCAGUGCCAACCACCAACUGGACUGUUUCCAAGCAUCAGCUAUUGGAAAUGGUGUUGAUGGCCAAGGCAGAUUUGGAAACUGUCAAGACUUUUUAUGGAUUUUUCCCAGAAGCAUUGACCAAACAACUCUUUCGGAACGUCCUGAAAUGUGGAGCCAAGCCAGGAGUGGUUGGUUUUCUUGCCACAAUUCGUCCUGACUUGGUUGAUGACAAUGCUUUUGUGUUUGCGGUGAAUCAAGGACCAGGACCCAAUAGACCCACCGACAAGGAAAUUGUCACAAUGGCGAAUAUCAAUCCAGAAAUGUUGAUGCCUACGGGUCAAAACUAUGUGAUGUCCAAUUGCUUGUGCUCUGUCCUGAACUGGAAGUACAGCCUGGAAUUAACUCAAAGUCUUUUCAAAAUGAUUGCGGGCAAAACAAAAGAAAUUGAAUUUCCCUGUGACUUUUUCAAUGAUAUCGAUAUUUUCCCCUGGGUUGUCGUUGAUGAAAAUGCCAGCACAAAACGGGCAUCAUUUGAUAAAGAAGCUCUCAAGGGAAUGGAUCCAAUGCUGGACAGCACCAACCUGCAAAAUGUUCUUAACUGGUGUGGCAAUUGGGAAUUGGAUGCAUUUUUGGAGUUUCUCCGGAAAGUCCUCUCCAACGUUAGCCUUUGCAAUUUAUUUCUUUUGAACUUCCCAGAGCCCUCACAAGACCAAGAGGGAAAACCAAGCUUCUUUGCCUCAGAGUCAUUCAAUCAAGUGCUGUCAAAGUGCAAGAUACAGAAAUUGCGGAUAUCUGUGAAACAAAAUGAUCCUCUCGCUCUUGAGUUCAUGAAAUGUUGCCUAAUUCGGAUGCCAUCUCUGAAACAUUUGAGUGUAUGUGUUGAUUCUGAUAUUGCUGCUUCCAAAGCAACACCUGUAAUUGGCCAUAUCCUACGCAGUAACUCGCAGUUUGACACCUUGACUAUUCGAGCAACAAGUGACGCAACGGGAAAAGGACUGGAUCCCAUCCUGAGUGCAUUGGAGAAUAACCAAACGUUGGAAAGUUUCAACUAUCGACAAGGUGGCGCUCAACCCGAAAGGUUCAAAAGAUACCAGGACAUUCUAGCGGUUGUUCUCCAAAGCUCCAAUGAAACACUGGGCGACGCCAACUUUAGUGAUGGUUGCACUGAUGAAGAUCCAAGAGGCAAUCUUCGCAGUGGUCUGCAUCCAAGUGAACACUUGCUGCCCUUCUACACAGCCCUCAAUUGGAUUGGGCGCAAGGAAGCAGGUGAUCCAGAAACCACCAUUGCAAAUUUCGUCUGUUUGCUGGCGGGAGUGACAGUCAAGGAGGGCAGAAUUUUCUUUGAUGAGGAUCGGACCCACAACCCUGCCACAACUGAAGAUAUCUCCAACAUUUUGUAUGGACUCCUUCGUGAAAACCCAGCCAUCUGGAGUAAACACACAAAGAGUGGAAGCAAACGAAAGCAUUGUGUCCUGUCAUGA